AUGGAAGUAUUCACGGACGUCGCGGCGGAUAGCUUCCGCCUCGGCCUCCCCACCUUUCUACGUCCGACAGGGACUAAGACCAACUCUGAAGAGUGCAUUGCCGUGACGAGCACAACAGGGCAGCUCCUGACAGCACUCUAUUCGAUUCUCGCAACACUCCUCUUCAUUGUCUGUUGGAAGCUUUUUAAUAUGGUUGUGAUGUGCUUGUCAAAUGCUCUCACGGAACCCAUGAAGGAAAUCAAAAAACGCAGCGAGGAUCGCGAAAAGCACAUCAAGGAUCUCGAUGAAAACAUUGAGGAUCUCAAUAAAAACCUUGAGGAUCUCCGCAAAUCCACGACGGUUCUUGGUAUGCCCCAAGGGGGCGAACACACUGAGGUUCUAGACCAACGCAAGCGGGAAGUUGAGAGUCGCAAGGGGGAAGUCAAAAAACGCUGGGAGGGGUUCAGCAAUCCGUCAGCCGAGAGAUAUCGCAACAUAAUACGCGGCAUAGCCCUGGUGGGCUUUUGGAAUUCUCGCGAGCCACUUGAAGCCUUCUUCUUCAUAUUGGACUACUUGGGCAGGGUACGCGGAGCGACAAGUAGCAAGGAAUCCCACAUCCGCAGACCCGCUUUGAUGCUGCUGGCUUGGGCCUUUGUAUGGCUGGCAGGGACCUAUGUGGCGAGUAUCUUCGUUGCUGCCCAGCUGAUCGCCGGCAACGUUGCACCUGCAAACCCCAACAAAGUGUAUGUGCCGAAGGCCGAGCAGACGGGUUCAGCGGACACGAUGCGGCUCCAGGCCCUGCGAGCACCAGCAACUCUACGAUCACUUGGAAGUGCCGAGGCCGCAGAUGGAGACCAUACUAUCCGAGAUCGUUUCUCCUUAGUCACGACACCCGCGAGGGGUGACUCCCCAUACAAAUUUGUCUACAAUUACACGGUGAAAGCCGAGGAUAUGGGUCUGCAGAAAUGGUAUGACUUGAAGCAGGAGGUGGAUGGGUGGUGCGCUAUUGACAAUAGCUGGUUCUCGAAAAAUGAUCAGGAUGCGGAUCUUGAUGUUUACCGUCCUUGGGAGCUGGCAAACAAAACUGUCAAUGUCGUCUAUGAUGGCGAGCGCAAAACAGCCCCAAGUGCAACAGCUAUUCCCUUCCCUUACGCUGAUUCUAGUUUCUUUAUCGGGCAGGCAGUGGAGCACCGAUACGGAAUUAUUGUGCACUCCAGCCACCGAGCCAGCCACCGCCCAGGAACAGAUCCAUGGUACGAGACGGAAACUUUUACGCCGUCAGAAAACGAAACAGAUGCGCAGAUAGCUGACCCGGCCACAAACCGGGUAAAGGGUGGCAGGCCGGCACUUUCCUGCAUUCAGAACGACGUGUGGUCCUACAACGGAAGACAGUUCAAGAACAUUUAUGAGCUGACUGAUGAGGCCAACAUCGAUUUUCCCGACGGAUGGGUCACUCAACUGCAGAUGGACUUUAACCUUCCCCGUAUCAUUGACGUGAUCAAUUCUGCUGGAUCAUCGUCACUAGUAAGCUCUACCACCUUCGUUGGCGGUCGGUUCGACGCGGAGACCUCAACGAUCGAAAAGGACAUGAAGCGCCUAUUUACAGCCACGUGGAUUUCAUCAGCCCACACGUUCCGCAACAUGCUGAUGGUCGGCGAUAAACAGAACAUCCCCAAUGCGGCCCAUACAGGCAAGGACCAACCCCAGCACGGAGUAGACCUCUUCGUGGUCUCCACACCUAAAGUGGCGGCUCUCCGGUUGUCAGUCUUAAUUGCCAUCCCCGCUCUCCUG